AUGCGCGGGGUGCAGGGGCCGCGUGCUCGAGGAGCCCGACGCCGAGGCCCCGCCCCCGCCCCGCCCCGCCCCGCCCCCGGGCCUCGGGGGCACGUGGUCGCCUCCAGGCCUCGCUCGUGCCCGCGCCGGGCUCGGGCGCUGCCUCCGCCCCGCCCGCUUGCGCUUCUCUUCUCUCCCACCGCCGCUGUCAACGCCGUCGUCGCCCGGGGCCGCGCCUCGAGGAAGGUGCGCGUGACCUCCGCCGCCCUGCGGCCCGGGGGGCUGCCGAGCCCUGGCCCAACCCGGGGAGGCCCGCGUCGUGGGCGCCGAGAAGCAGGACCGGCCCGGCAGCGGCUGCACCUGCUGGGCCCGGCCCCGCCACUCGUGCCCCCCGCCCCCCGCCCCCGGCCCCGCCCGGGUAAAAAGCCAUAUGCGCGGAGUCCCGCAGUCGCGCCCGCGGGGGCCGUGGGAGCUGCGGGGGGCGCGCUUCGGGUGCGGGGACUCCUCGCCCAGCCCCAGAGCUGCGGGUCCCGGGGCGUCUCCGCGCCUUCCCCACGGACCGUGUGCCCAGGCCCCGCGGAGCCCACGCCCUCCCUUUGCGCCCCGCGCGUUCCGCCGCCCGAGAUGCUGCUCUGCCCGCGGAGCCCAACGGCCGCCGCCCCCCGAGGGCCGCAAGGGCAGCGGUCGCCCCCCCCGGGGCUCUGGGUUCCCCGGCCGCAAGGCGGCUGGAUCCGCUGCCCCGGGCCCAGGUGCGCGGCCGCCCCCGGCGUGGGCCCCGUGAACUCGGCGGGCAGCGCCCUGGCUCGUGGGUUUUCCGCAGCUGAGAGCGAGGUCACCCUGGCCGCGGGCGUCCUGAGCCUGGCGGCCGCGCGGGCCCUUCAGAGCUGCUGGGGAGCCCGGGGCAGGCUGCGGGCGGGGCGGGAGCCGAGGCCGGGGCGGUGGGGGGGUCCCCCCUCGGCUCUGGAACCAGCCCAGCUGCCCCCGCGGAAUCAGGGGGGCCGGGCGGCUGUCCCGGGGCUCCCGGCGCCACAGGGGCGGUGGCAGCGGCCGCCCGUGGGUGAAGCCAGCUCCCGAGCGCCCGGGCUGCGUGCAGGGGUGCGGAUCCGCUGCAUGCCGGCCCGGUGCCCCCGAGGCCCCCGAGGCCCGAGCCCCCGUGUCACCCCGUCGGGGCCCCGUGUCCGCCCCGCCCUCGCGGACCUGGGCGCCCCGGAGGCCCGUCCCCACGGCCCGCACCUGCGCUGCGUCCCGCCCGGCGUCGGGUCCCGCCCCGCGCCCCGGGGUGCGACGGUCGAGGGGCGCCUGCGGGGGACACGGGGCCCGGUCGGGACCCUGGGGACCGUGGGACGCGGAGCCCAGGUCCGGCGCCGCCCUCCGCCCUCUGCCCGAGCCGAGCGGGGGCAGCACGGGGCGCGGCCGCUCCUCCAGGAGGCCGGGCCCGCGGAUGUCUCCACCCCGAAGGACCCACCGGCCGCCCCCGAUCCCGGGGCCUGGAAGCUUCGAGACCCGGCGGGGCGGCCCCACGGGGACCCGCCGUGGUCGCGGGAGGAAGGACGCGCGGCCCCGCCCGCUCCGCCCGGCGGCACCCCCCCCCCCCCCCAGCUUCAGUCGGGGCGGAGGACGAAGCCCCAGAAUUUGGGGGGACGCGAGUGCGGCAGGGGCGGGGCGAGUGAGGGGGUGGAGGGGCUGCAGGCCGGUGCCGGGGCUCCCCAGCUGGGCCGAGCUCGGAUGACGCCAGUUUCCCGCCCAAACCGGAGGUUUAGCCACAGGCGGAUCCGGGAUCCGAGGGAAGGCGCCGCGGCCGGUCUCCAGGGGCGCCUCCCGGGAACCCCCUCCUCCCCGGGCCGCGGCGCCCCGACCUCCGCCUCCUUCCCGAGCUGA